AUGGCGAAAGGCACAAGAUCUAAAAGCCUCGCCAACGGCACAGCAGCACCACCAACAGUCACAAAACCCAUCGAGCUCGCCAUCGCCCUCCCUCACAACCCCGGCACCAGAAUCCAUCUCCAACUCACCGUCUCCGAUUCGACCAUUCUGCUCUUCCUAGCACACAGCAGCAUCGACUCCGCACAAUCGACGGCCGCAAUGGGGAGCUUGGUCUAUGCUAUGCCGGAUCGAUAUAAUCCCACGCAGCCACUGAGUACGCCGCUGUACACGCUGCCGUCAUCCGUGGACUUUGUCACGCGCUUGGCCAAAGUGCUCGUGCGCAAGACUGGACGUGUGUGCUAUGUGGGCGGCGGCAUCAAUUUGAGCGGUGCGGCGCAGGGCGGGAGUGUGGAGGAGGAGAUGGAGGCUUUUAGGGCGGUGGUGGAGGCUGUUGGGAAGGAGGUUGGUAGGCCGGGACAGUGA